GUAAUUCCCCACCUGCUCGCAUUCAAUGCACACCAAAUUCGUCAAACCUGAAGCAGUCCUUUUCUGUUUCUGCAAAGCCAUGAACAAAUUCAGACACCCAAUCCAUUCCUUUGUCGUUUUCUUCUUUGCCACUCGCCACCAAGGAAAGAGGAAAACGAAUGAGAGGUUUGGAAAUGGGUGCUGGGUUUUUGGAUGUGUCUACUUCCACCAAGCAAUUAGGUUGGCUCUCCUCUGUUUUGGCUGGUAUUUUGAUGUGCAAAGUUGUAUAUGACUUAACCGGUGUGAUUAGUGCGUCGUUGGUGAAGGAGUACAGAAGGCUUAACCGGAAACAGAAACUAGAAUGGGACAACAGGGGGUUCUCCACUUUCCACGCCAUCGUUGCAUCAGCUUGCGCUCUGUAUCUCUUGCUCGUUUCUGACCUUUUUUACGAUUCUCGAGAGCAGUUGGUCAUCAAUCGGUCUUCAAGCUUUUCAAACACUACACUGGGGGUCUCAAUUGGGUACUUUUUAUCAGACUUGGCGAUGAUACUCUACCAAUAUCCUGCCUUAGGUGGAGUGGAGUAUCUCAUACAUCACGGACUCUCCUUGUUUGCAAUUACUCAAUCACUUUUCAGUGGUCAAGCGCAAAUUUACAUACUAAUGGUUCUCUUCACUGAAAGCACUACCCCAUUUGUUAAUCUACGAUGGUAUCUUGAUGUUGCCGGCCAGAAGAACUCCAAACUAUAUAUUUACAACGGUGUUGCUCUGUUCUUGGGUUGGUUGGUUGCAAGGAUCUUUUUAUUUGUUUUCUACUUCUACCACAUGUACGUCCAUUUUGAUCAGGUGAAACUAGUGUACCCACUAGGGUUUUACAGCUUGCUUACAGUGCCCCCUGUGUUGGCGGCGAUGAACUUGUUCUGGUUCUGGAAAAUCGCAAGAGGUAUGGUGAGGACGUUGAGCAAGGCUAGACACAGUCAAUAGUGUUUUACCAUUCUCAUGAGGCAGUCCAAUUACUAUCAACUCUCAGCUAGAAUCUACACAUCCUGCAGCAUUUGCUGUUAGUUAAGCUUAUUUUUUCCUCUGUAAUACUACUCAGCAUUUAGCCUCUCAUUCUUUAUACCUGUGAGGUUUUUGGUCUUGGAUCA